AUGAAUAAACAAUCACAAUCUUUGAAUGUGAUCAAGUUACACUUGCUCACUCAUGGAUUUCUUAGUACUUAUACUACUUGGACCCACCAUGGUGAGGAAAUAGAGGGUGUUGAAGAUGAAGUGCUAGCCGAUGUUGAGGAUGCUGAAGCAACCGAUGAUUUGUCUGCAGGCUUACAAGAUGCUUUUGGUGGUCCAUAUUUUGAUAUCGGUCCAACGAGUGAUUUCAUUGACAAUGAAUUCCCUCGCAAUUCUAAUGACAAGUAUGAUGCCUUGUUAGAUUCGGUUCAUAAUCCUCUGUAUGAGAAUUGUACAAAGUUUUUUGUCCUAAGUGCUGUCGUAAAGUUAAUGAAUUUAAAGGUGAUUAACAAAUGGACAGAUAAAGGCUUUGAUGACCUUUUGAAGUGUCUUAAAGAAAUGUUACCCGAUGGUAAUCAUUGCCUGAUAAGUUAUUAUCAAACGAGGAGGCAUCUAUCUGAAGUUGGCUUGGGGUACGAGCAAAUUGACGUGUGCCAAUAUGAUUGUGCAUUGUUUUAUGGUGAGAAUGCAAAUGCUACAAUGUGCCCUAUAUGCAAAUCUAGUCGUUAUGUGCGAAAUAAAAUUCCACAUAAACGACUUAGAUGGUUUCCAAUCAAGGCUCGACUGAAACGCUUGUUUAGCUCAAAGCAUACUGCCAAGGUUAUGCGAUGGCAUAAAGAGGUGCGCAAAGAUGAACCCGGUAUAUUACGUCAUCCAGCUGAUGGGGAUGCUUGGAAGCACUUUGACAAGACAUACCCUGAAUUUGCAGUGGAUUCGAGGAGUGUGCGAAUGGGACUAGCGUCAGAUGGGUUUAACCCUUUCUCAAACAUGACAUCCACGUACAGCUUAUGGCCUGUGAUAUUAAUUCCAUAUAACAUGCCGCCUUGGGCUUCUCCGAAUGGAACAAAUUAUCUCAUGUCAUUAUUAAUACCAGGGCCUAAAUCUCCUGGAAAGGAUUAUGAUGUGUUUUUGAGACCACUGAGUGAAGAACUUAAGGAGUUAUGGGAGGGAAUUGAGGCGUAUGAUUCAUAUGAAGGGUGUAUGUUUAAACUUCGAGCCGCUAUCUUAUGGACAAUCAGUGAUUUUCCAGCUUAUGCCUACUUAUCGGGAUGGAGCACUGCUGGGAAAUUAGCAUGCCCUGUUUGUUUGGAAGAUACGAGAUCUAAAAGAAUAACUGACAAACAAUGUUUCAUGGGGCAUCGAUGUUAUUUGAGAAACAACCAUUCUUGGCGAAAGAGUAGAGAGUAUGAUGGGGCUACUGAGUUUCGUCCCCCACCUAGAACUUUUACUAGUGCUGAAAUUUUAAAACAACUUGAACAAGUUCCAACUCGUACAACUGGUAAGGCCCCAAGUAAUUCUUCAAGCAAGCGUAAGCGUGGAGAGAAUGAAUUGAAUUGGUGUAAAAAAAGUAUUUUAUUUGAAUUGUCGUAUUGGUCACAACUCUUAUUGCGUCAUAAUCUUGAUGUGAUGCAUAUAGAGAAAAAUGUGUGUGAUAACAUUAUUGGAACCCUUUUAGAUAUUGAGGGUAAAUCAAAGGACACGUUGAAGGCUCGUAAAGAUUUAGAAAAUUUGAAUAUUCGCUCUGAUCUUUGGUUGAAGAAGUCAUCCAACAAUAAGAUUGAAAAACCCCAUGCAAGCUAUACUUUGACUAAAGAAGAAUGCAAGGAAUUUUGUAAAUUCAUUCGAAGUGUUAGAUUACCAGAUGGAUAUGCUUCGAAUAUAAGUCGAUGUGUAACUGAUAAUGACAAACUAGGAGGCAUGAAAAGCCAUGAUUGUCAUAUAUUACUUCAAAAAAUAUUACCAGUUGCCCUAUUACCUUUUCUGACAAAGGAAAUUCGAACAACUUUGAUUGAGCUAUGUCAAUUCUUUCAAAAGAUUUAUGCCAAAACUAUUCAAGUUGAUGACAUAACAAAAUUGAAGGAUGGAAUUGUUAUUAUCUUGUGUAAAUUAGAGAAAAUAUUCCCUCCUUCAUUUUUUACCGUAAUGGUCCAUCUUUGUGUCCACCUACCAGAUCAAGUAUUGUUAGGUGAUCCAGUUGCUUCACGAUGGAUGUUCGGGACUGAACGUCAUAUGGGGUUGUACAAAAAGUAUGUCAGAAACAUGUCAAGACCUGAUGGUUCAAUUGCAGAAGCUUUUGUUAUUGAUGAAGCUGUAACUUUCCUGUCAAGAUAUGUUUCUAACAUAGAGACGAGAUUCACACGUCCCGAGCGUAGAUAUAAGGAAGAAACUUAUUGUGUGUUGUUUGAAUUGCUUGAUUCUCUAUUGACAGAUGGUUAG